UUACGUGAGGUGAAUGUGAUGGAAAGGAAUUGCCAAUAGAUGCUAAGUUGGUUACCUAUCACACCCCAAAGUGCAAAAGUCUAUAUUGCGCGAUACAGCGGUUGGCAGGUCGAGCGUGCUGUAACAUCCGGCUAACAUCCCUUCUCGCUUCAACCAUCCAGCCUCUCACCUUCCUUGCAUCUCCAUAUUUAUGUCUCGUUCCUCUUGUACGGGCAUCUGAGCUGAAAACCGGGAAAACUCUGAAUAGCACCAUCGCCCAUACAGACCAAGAUCCCGAUACUCGUCUCCGCCUUCUUAGCAUCCGGUCGAGUAGAAACAAAGUUUCGGUCCCUCCCCCACGUUGGGGGCCCAACAAGGCUGAGAUACCGACAUCCCCACCAUCUCACUCCAACAGAACGCAUACAACACCAUCGCCAUGGCCCUUCCCAGGAUGGACAUUGUCAUCGUAGGUUUAUACUCACCCCCAAAUCACCAUGGUUUUCUUUCCCCUCCUCUCUCCACCCUUCUCCAAUGUCAUGGUGAAGACUAACCACGCCGCAAGAUCGGCGGUUCCAACACCGGCCUCAUGAACGGCAUCGUUCUCAAGAGACUGGGUCACAACGUCCACAUCCUCGAGAAAAACACCCAAACCACGCGGUCCGACCUCGCUGCCGGAAUCACCACCCACCCCGCCUUUGAGAAAUUCAUGGAAGUGCAUGAUAAAUCGCAAGAACCGUGGUCUAUUGUCUCCCCCGGCCUCCAAUUCCUCAAUAAGGAUGGAGGCGCAAAACGCAAGGUGGAAAAGGCUCUUCAUAUGACCUCGUGGGGUUUCAUUUAUCAUCGUCUUCGUGCGAACUUCGAUGGUUUGGCUAGUGAGUUUUGUAAAGGUCCCCCGCCUGUCAAGGAGGAAGGGGAUGGCGAUGUGAUUUUUGAUGAAGGGAAGGUAGCUACUGCUGUGGAGCUUGUGGGAGAGAAGGUAAAGGUUACAUAUGAUGAUGUUUCCGGGGAGAAGACGAAGGAGAAUCUGAGCAUCAUGGCCGAUUUCGUUAUUAUUGCCAAUGGAGCAAAUUCGUCGUUACGAGCAAAGCUGUUUCCAGGUUUGGAGAGAGAGUAUGCUGGCUAUGUUGCUUUUAGAGGCACGGUACCGGAGAGUGAGGUGAGCGAGGAGACGAAGAAGGUUUUCGACCCAAGACUCAGUUACUAUACCUACAAGAACGGAUACAUCUUGCUGUAAGUAUCUUUCCCUCAUCCCCCAAAUCAAAUCAACCUAACAUAAAAUACAGCUACAUAAUACCCGGCCAAAACGGUUCCCUCACCCCCGGUUCCCGCCGCUACAACUGGGUCUGGUACCACCCACUCCCCUCCACCUCACCCUCAUUCCCCCAAAUAAUGACCGAUACCCACGGCACCCUCCACCGCAACACUCUCCCCGCAGGAACCAUGUCCCCCACCGCGUGGUCAACCUACACCUCCCUCGCCACAACCGUAAUGAACCCCCCCUUCAACGAAGUAAUCCAAAAGACCAGCACCCCCUUCAUAACCGCCAUCUCCGACAUCGCCUCUCCCUCCGCGCUCGCUCUCUCCAACAAGGUCCUGCUCGCAGGCGAAGCAUUGAAUCUCGUGCGUCCCCAUUUGGCGCUCAGCACGACAUCCUCUGCUUCGCAGGCUUUACUGCUUGAGAGUGUUUUUAAGGGCGAGAUUGGAAUUGAGGAGUGGGAACGGAGGGUGCUUUAUACGGCCAAGACGGAUAGUUUGAAGACUAAUGCUUUUGGGACGUUCUUGCUGUAUGGAUUUUGGACGGCGGCUGGAUGGGCGGUUAAGUUGUUGGGUGCGGUGGUUAUGGGAAUGUGGCCUUUUAGGUUGUUUGGUGGGAAGAAGAGUGGUUAGGCAUGGGUGGAUGGGGGUGGCUUUGUAAUGAAUCUGGACUUUGAAAUGGUUUAUUUCCUGCCAUUUCCUCCAUUUUCCUUCACAUGGCCGGACAUACAGUACCAUCCCCCACC